AUGCCAAACCGGGGGUGCAUGGAGUGUCAAUGCCCGAAGCUCGAUAGGACACCCUCUUAUGCGGAGUUUCUCGAGUCGUAUCUUAUACCGAACAAUCCAGUCAUCAUCGGACCAUCCCUUGUUUCUUCUUGGCCAGCCCUCAAGCACUGGGUCACAGACGAGGGCAGCAUCAACUCGGACUACCUCAAGACUGCAUACGGCCACUAUGAAGUUACAGUGGCCGAUUGCUCCACCCGUAACUUCAGUGACCAGCAACGCGAACAGAUGCUAUUCCGCGAUGUCGUCUCCCUGUGGCAAGAAGAUAAGGGAGAGACCCUCUACGUCAAAGACUGGCAUCUGGCCCGCGUUAUAGCUGCGGAUACCACCAGAGCACAGCCGGAUCGGCCAUUCUACACGACCCCAGACAUCUUCCGCGAUGACUGGAUGAACGCGUACUACUCUGCGUGCACGGAAGACGACUUCCGCUUCGUGUACGUCGGCGCUUCUGGGACGUUUACUCCGCUGCAUCGCGACGUGUAUACGUCGUACUCGUGGUCGACGAACGUCUGCGGGUGGAAACGAUGGUGGCUCUUCCCUGCGGACCAGACACCCCUUCUCUUCCGCAAGGGCGGCGAGGAGCAUAUGGAGACCGCGUAUGAUGUUCGCGAUGUGGACUUGGCGCUGUAUCCAUUGUUUGAACAGGCGCGUCCAAUCGUCAUCGAGCAAGGCCCCGGGGAGACGAUAUUCGUUCCCAGCGGAUGGUAUCAUCAAGUUGAAAACCUGACGGCGUGCAUUUCGAUCAACCACAACUGGUGCAACUCCGUAAACCUUCCCUCGCUCUACGACUCUAUGUGCGCCAAAGUCACGGAGGUCGAGCAUGCACUCGAGGACGUCAAAGAGCUUCUUUCGCAAGGCGACGCUAAUAGCUCCGGAGAUUUGAGCUCCAGUUGGAGAAAGGAAUGGAUUGCGAUCGUACAAGAUCUUGUAGAGAAGGACGCUGGGUGGAAUUGGCUCACGUUCUGGAAAAUGAUCCGGCAUGCGCUGUCUCUUGCUAUGGAUUGGCCAUGUCCUGUGGACGGAUGCCUUUGGGCUCGGACGCCCUCUGAACUGAUGCCCUCGCUCGACUACAUGGCGACGCGAAUACGAAACUGCUACGAAGAUUUCGCGAUCCGUCCCCAGCUAGAAGGCAGCUUGAUCCCAGGAAUGGAUGAGGUCCUUGCGGAUAUUGGCGGCUUGCUGAAUUAUGGAGCAUCCACUGUAUAA